AUGGUCUGGAUUCAUGGAGGAGGUUAUGGCACAGGACAAGGCAACACCGAGUUCUGGGAAUUAUUGAGUACGAACGACAACGGAUUCAUACUCGUCCUCAUCCAAUAUCGUCUGGGCGCCUUCGGCUGGCUCUCGUCCGAAGACCUUGUCAAGAGUGGUGGUAUUCCGAAUGCCGGCCUCCACGAUAUGCGCUUCUCCCUGCAGUGGGUGCAAAGCCACAUUUCGAAAUUCGGAGGGGAUCCAGACAGGGUGACGAUCUCUGGCGAGAGCGCAGGUGCAGGCGCAGUGAUGCUUUUGGCUAUGACCAACGGCGGAGGCGAGGGUACUUCUCUUUUCAGCAACGCCAUCACUGCAUCACCAUAUCUUCCCACGCAGUGGGACUACAAUGGACUCGAGCCCACACAAGCAUACAAGAGGUUUGCGGCUGGGGCUGGUUGUGCAGAUUCCUUGAAAAACCAUUCGGCACUUGACUGCCUCGUCGCAGCAGAUACCAUCACUCUACAAAACACAAGUGCCCAUGUUAGUGGUGGCUACAAGUAUGGCCAGUGGGUAUUUGUUCCUGUCACCGAUACGGACCUUCUCACAGAGCGCCCAUCUACCCAGCUCAAUGCAGGCAGAGUUAAUGGUCUUAGGAUGCUGACAAGUAAUAACGCGGACGAGGGCCAGGGCUUUGUGCCGCAAAACAUCACCUCGGCAACCAAUUUUGAGGAAUUUGUCACGGGCCUGUUUCCGCUCAUGUCGAGCACAGACAUCGAUCGUCUGCUAGAAGCGUACUCAAUUGCACCGGUGAUCCAGGGGCCUCUGUUUAGCACGCUUGGGGACACGGGUCCAACGUCGCUCAAUCAAUCCGAAUUCGCUACUGGACAACAACAACGGGCAAAUAAUCUCUACGCCGAGACGACCUUUGUCUGUCCCAGCUACUGGCUAGCGAAUGCUUACUCGAAGUCAGCCUCGGGCGUUCAUGGAAGUAACUCAACGAAGGGCGCAUGGAAGUAUCAGUUUUCGGUGCCCCCCUCUGAGCAUGGUGCGGAUCUCGAUGCUUACCAGGCUUUCAACCGAGAAACCCUGGGAAAAGGCACGAUGACCGCAGCUGCGAGGCAAGCAGUACAGCUAGCCUGGGGAAGAUUCAUUAUUCAUGAUGACCCUACCCUCCCUGAAGAUAUUAUCCGAUCACUAACGACGUCGGCUAAUGGCACAUCAACGGGUGAAAAUAUCUCAGCCAUUUCCAGCGCAAACUGGUCCAGAUGGUCCGUGGACGUCUCAUCGGGUGGGAAUCAUAUGUUGAAUGUCAACAUGACUGGUGGUGUGCCCGAGGUCAUCAGCUGGACGCCUGUCGAUGGGACAACAAUCAACGUGACACAAAUGGUUAACCCUGGGCUGGAGGCCAGAUUUCGUAUGGUUAAUGCAAACUCCUGGGAAGGAGGCAGAGGCGAGCGAUGCAGGUUGUGGCAGAGUCUCGGCGCUGUGGUCCCAGAAUGA